AUACUUUUAUAGUCAAACUUUAUAGAGAUUUGAUUUUAGUGCCAUAAUCAAAUUCUUUACUAGGACAUUAUAAGAUAGGCUAAAUAAAAUUCAUUUGCAAAUAUUUGAUAGAUUUAUGAACACUUUCAUUCAUUUUAACCUAUUUCACGCAUUGUUUAAAACAAUGAAUAAUUAUCGCGAUCCUUUUGGUUUUACUAAGCAAACAGCCACUUUAUUACGUGGUUUGAAUGCAUCUGAAUUGAUAUCAGAAUGUAAAAAAAGAAAUAUAUCAACUGAUGUGUUACAUGAGCUAAGUGUACAAGAAUUAAUUAUGUUAGGCCUUAAUUCUAAAAAAGCAGAAGAAUUACAAAAUAUUUUAAAUAUUCAAAAAAGAAGAUCCAAUAUUGUAAUAACAAAUGUUAAAGACAGGAUUGAACAUUUUCUUCAAAUAAUUAAGCAUGGAGAACAACAAUUUUCUUUAAUACAAGCUCUUAUAGCAUAUUGUCGAUUAAGAUUGAUGAAAGAAAAAAUUAAUAUUUUUGUUGAUCUUAAUAAAUGUUUGAGUGCUUCUAAUGUAUUACCUAUUUCUAUUGAUGCAACAUUAACAGAAUUAGAAAAAGCAGAGAAAAAUCUUUUUGAACUUGAAAAACUAAUUUUAAGGCUCAGUCGCAAUAAGAUGGACGGUGGAGCGUACGGUGGAGGAAAGGCAGGAGCCCCUUUCGAUCCUAUUGCCUUCAUUCAAAGGCCUCAAGUUAUUCUGAAAGCUAUAUGUUUGCUCUUUGCGAUAAUUGUAUUUGGAUGCAUAAGCAACAAAGGAUAUAUAAAAAAGGAAGGCGGAAAAGAGGUAUGUCUUUAUAAUGAAGAUCACAAUGCUUGCAAUUAUGGAAUAGGAAUUGGAGUGCUUGCCUUCCUCGCCAGUAUCGGAUUCCUUGCUGGCGAAUAUCUUUUUGAGCAGAUGUCUUCUGUUAAGACCAGAAAACAUUUUGUUUUACUUGAUUUAGGUAUGUAUUCUUAUUCUAAACUAUAA